CACCAGAACUGAACGAGGCGCCAGAACUCUCACGUCCUAUAUGUGCGGUGUAUCUGAUUAAGGUUGAUUCGAUUACUUUCUCCAAGGCAGAAGGAACGUUUGUUUUACCACAGAAUGCCGCCAAUUAAUGGAAGUGAACUUGCUUUGAUGCAACUCCAAGAUGACUUUGGCUAUCUCAGGGAAAACAUGGAUCAUUUUUUUCUUCUGGUGAUGUCCUGUAUCAUAUUCUUGAUGCAGUUAGGAUUUGCCUUUCUGGAAGCUGGAUCGGUCCGUGCUAAGAAUACAACCAACAUCUUACUCAAGAAUAUGCUUGAUGUUUGUAUCGGAGCGGUAGCCUACUGGGGCGUUGGAUACGCCUUUGCUUUCGGAGAAGAGUCAAACCCUUUCAUCGGAUAUCGGAAUUUCUUUUUUGAAAACUUACGAUCGGCCAACUAUUCGCACUUCUUCUUUCAUUUCGUCUUUGCCGCUACGGCAGCCACCAUCGUAUCCGGGGCGAUGGCGGAACGAACCGAGUUCGUAGCUUACUUUCUGUAUUCGUCGGUAAUAACAGGAUUCAUUUACCCAGUAGUAACUCACUGGGCGUGGUCAUCAGACGGUUGGCUUGGCAACAGUGGCAUAGAGAUUGCUAAUGGAACGUAUCUAGCUUUCAUGGAUUUCGCAGGAAGUGGAGUGGUUCAUUGUGUCGGAGGAACAGCUGCUCUAGUAGGAGCCGCCAUCUUGGGACCUCGGAUAGGGCGAUACGAUUCAAAUGGGAAUCCGAUAGUCAUUGCUGGACAUACCGUACCGAUGGUUUCCCUUGGCGGUUUUAUCUUGUUCUUUGGCUUCUUUGCGUUCAACGGCGGUUCUCAGGCCAGCAUCUCCGCCGAAGGGGACGGGGAGGCGGUCGCCCUUGCCAUCGUCAAUACCAUCAUCUCUGGCGCUUUUGCCGCCCUCACUUCCAUGAUUUGCCGCCGCGUUGGGUUCAGUGGCAGUUACUGGUCGCUUCUGACAACGAUCAACGGUGGUCUAACGGGGAUGGUGGCUAUAUGUGCUGGGUGUAAUGUUGUUUAUGCGUGGGGAGCAGCGGCAAUCGGAUCAGUCGCUGGUAUCACAUAUAUUCUCUGGAGUUCUGCAGUUAUUCGACUGAGGAUAGAUGAUCCACUCGACGCUGUAGCAGUUCAUCUUGGGGGAGGUCUCUGGGGAGUUUUAGCCACGCCUAUCUUUAUGACAGAUGGAAUCCUUUUUGACAUCUCAAAUAGAAUACCGUGGUUGCAUUUCGCUUGGAAUCUCCUUGGUGUAAUUGUCAUAUUUACAUGGACGGCUCUUCUCUCCUUCAUCAUGUUCGGUACGUUGAGAUGUCUAAGGAUUCUUCGGGUUGAUCCAGAGAUGGAGAAGAAAGGUUUGGAUAUUCCCAAGCAUGGUGAGCCAGCAUACCCCCUUUCGAGCUACGGCAGCGGCUGGGAAGAUGAUCUGGUCAUUAACGCUAUUCAUUCACCUCCACCAAGCUACAAUGCGAAUGGAGGCAGUCAUGACAACAAGGCAUAUAAACAGGAUGAGCCACAGAACGAUGUCCAGUAUGGAAACAGCAAAAGUGAAGAUACUCCGUUGUAGAUUCAUGAUUUACAUCUUUAUGAUAGGCCUGAUGAUAAUUUCAGAAAAUGAUAUAUGAUGAUGAUAUCUGAAUUAGUGUUGGUAAUAGUAAAUUGCACAGACUUGCAAUAAAUCCAGGUAAAAUGUAAUUGGGAACCAAUCAAAUUGUGAAUGUAGUUUGAUCUAAUCGUAAAGAUACAUUUUAAAUCUCCAAGGAUUUCAAUUCAAAUUUCUCGAGAUUGAAAAGUGAAUCUUUAAGAUUAAAAAUAAAUCCAGAAUAUGAUUGGUCUCUAAUUACAGUUCAGCUGGAUUUAGAGUUUAGUUGUAGGAGUAGUCGUCGUCGUCGUAGUAGUAGUAAUAGUAGUAGGGGAGGGGUAGUAGAAGUAAUAUAGUAGUGAGAGUAGAAGUAGUUCUACCAGAAAUAUUACAAUAUUUCAUGAUGUACAAAAUUGACCGAUCAUGAUUGCCCCUAAGGUGAUCUUGAGAAUUUAUUUCAGGCCUAUCGUAUGAAGAUCAGUGAGUGGUAAACAUUUUGGUAAAAUUUGCAGUCAUUAUUUGGUUUACAUACCAUUCAUUUCUUAAGCAGUGCGAUAUUAAAAGCUAUUGCCCUGAGAAAAUGAUGCCAGUCCGUGUAUAAUGAUAACUAUUAUCAUUGCUGCAUGCAACUUGUUAAUUAUUUGCUCAUUUGUGCAAAUGCUAUGAUUGGUUGAAACCCUAAACGUGACUAGGUAUAUUUACUUACUGUUCAUGACCUUGAUGUAAUGGCGACUUAUCAAAGAUCAUUAUAUAUAUAUAUAUAUAUAUAUAUAUAUAUAUAUAUAUAUAUAUAUACACAA